AUGACCAACAGCCCUUUGGGGAGAGUCCUCCUCAAUCCAGAGGUGUCAGGACGGCUGAUCAAGUGGACAAUAGAACUUAGCAAAUUUGACAUCCAGUAUCAGCCCCGAACGACCAUUAAGGCGCAGCCCUUGGCGAAUUUCGUCACUGAAGUACAGAAUCCCGAGCCAGAAGCCACUUGGAGGAUAUAUGUGGACGAAUCGUCCACUCGGCAAGGAAGCGGGAUUGGUAUACUACUGAUCUCCCCCCAGGAAGAGCGGAUGCAUCUGUCUGUUCAGCUGGAUUAUCGGGUGACCAACAACGAGGCCGAAUACGAAGCACUCAUAGCAGGCCUGCAGGCCGCCCAGCACGUUGGAGCCAUCAAGGUUUUAAUUCACUCGGAUUCCCAAUUAGCCACUCAACAGCUUAUCAGGACAUUCGAGAUAAGUAACACUCGGCUCAAGCUGUACGCGGAGGUCUUCGAAAAGCUGAAGGCCAAUUUCCAAGAGUUCGUCAUACAAAAGAUUUCCCGAGCGGAGAACCAGGCGGCGGACGAGCUGCCCAAACUAGCCAGCUCGCUAUCACCCAUUGUUAUCACACAGCCGAUUGAGCAUGUAUCUUUGGUGGUGCGUAUCGAUCAGAUGGAGGGACUCACUUUCCCAGGCGAUUGGAGGACGACAUUGAUAGAGUUAUUACGAUCGGGAGCUACACCGUCCGAUCGAGAGGAGGCCCGACUACUCAGAAAAAGGGUCGGUCGGUUCACACUGGUUAGAGACCAGCUCUACAAGAAGGCUUUUUCUAUACCACUACUUAAGUGUGUUGGAUCAGAAGACGCCGACUACAUACUGCAAGAAGUACACCAAGGGCCCUGUGGAGAACAUCCGGACAGCCGGUUGCUGGCGAGGAAGAUCUUGCUGGCUGGAUAUUUCUGGCCGACCUUACAAGCAGACGACGUUCGAAUAGUGACCACUUGCCUGUCCUGUCAUAAGUACCAUAACCUUUCGCACCGACCUACUGAAAAAAUGAAGGCUUCCACGGUAUCUUGCUCGUUCGACCAAUGGGGUAUGGACAUCGUGGGGCCCUUCCCCAUGGCGAUAGGUCAACGGAAGUUCCUGUUUGUCGCAGUGGAUUAUUUCUCCAAAUGGGUCGAGGCAGAGCCGCUGGCGAGAAUAACCGAGCAGAUAUGGUCUAGAAGUUUAUUUGGUAGCACCUCAUCUGUCGGUUCGGGAUUUCGCGUCGACUCAUCUCAGACAAUGGUAGGCAGUUUGCCGGGCAGAAACUUAAAGAAUGGUGUGAGGGGUUUGGCAUUUAGCAGGCCUUCACCUCCGUAG